UCUAGGCCUAGUUUUUAUAUAGGCUUAGCAGGAUACGGAAAUGACAUCAUAAGGAUAAACACCUGAGAACGAAGGUCGGAUAACUGACAACAAACUAGACAGAGAAAAUGCCACGAGGAUCAAGAUCAUCGGGAAUGAGAAGGCCAGCUCCAGCUGCACCCCCAAGGCACGCCCCAGCCCCUGUGCCAGCACACCCUCCCCCAGCUGCUCCUGCACCCCUAGCAGCCCAGCCUAGACAGCCAGGUCUAUUUGCACAGAUGGCUGCAACAGCAGGAGGAGUUGCAGUUGGCUCAGCUGUGGGACAUGUUGUUGGUGCUGCCCUCACUGGUGGUGGUGGUGGCCACAGCCAGGAAGUCGCUCCAGCCCCAGCCCCUGCAGCACCAGCCCCACAACCAGCGUACAACUACAACCAGUCCUCCAACCCCUGCCAGUAUCAGCUACAACAGUUCCUUGAUUGUACACAGACUCAGCCAGAUAUUAGUCUCUGCGCUGGAUUUAAUGAAGCCCUCAAAGAAUGCAAAGUUCGAUAUGGUCUUAAUUGACACCCCUGGAAUAAGGAAACAGCUUGGUUAAAAAUGUAGAAGGUGCCAGUAAUCAGGAGUUUUAUUACAUUUUUUCUCGUGUGGUUGUUGAUUUUUUUACUUUUUUUUUUAUUUUUUUGGAUAGGUAGAAAAAAUGGAUAGAUAGAAAAAGAAAAUAUUUAAGUACUGUGACAAAAGAAUAAAUGGUUGAGUUGAAGAAAUGUUUUAUAUUUAUCACUCCUGGGUGAUAGAGUAGCCACAUCUAUUGUAUAUAUUUGCUAUGAUACAAUGUUAUUAGGUAAACAGACUCAUGGAUUGGUGGUGUUGAAGAUUUUCUAAGUGGCUUGAUGUUUGCCAUUCGGUUUGUAAUAAAAACAAAACAAUUGAAGCAUCA